AUGUCUCUCAGGCCCGUCGAGAUCCCGAUCGAGCGAGCAGAGAUCAAGUCGGCCACUCUCCACAACGCGCGCCCUCUCCUCCUUCACGCCUACAUCCUGCCCUUUGUCUUCCUCUGGCCGCUCUUCUUCAGCUACUACCUUCCGCAGGCUAGCUAUGACACCUACAUCAACGGUCAGGAAUGGACGUUUGUCUACGCCGGCACGAUCGUCACCCUCCAGUCGCUCACAUGGCUCAUGACCUUCUGGAACGUCAACAUUCGCGCCCUGUUCACUGCGAGCUCCGUCAAUCGUGUGAGAGACGCUGGUCUGAUCAAGGUCAUUCCCAAAGAGAAUGCGGGUUCGAGUGAGAUCUGCACAAUCGAGAGGGAAAGGACAGGCGGCAUCGAAAGUGUGUCCUUUUUGUUCCAAAAGAGACGUUUUCUCUGGGACGACAGCAAAGCUUCUUUUGCGCCGCUGACUUAUGCGAUUGACGAGGAGCCUAAGCCUACGAUUGGGAGCUUCCAGGCUUCCAAGGGCUUACAGAAGAGCACGGAAAUUGAGAAAUUGACACAGUACUACGGGAAGAAUCUGUUCGACAUUCCGGUCCCAACUUUCACCGAACUGUUCAAGGAACACGCUGUAGCGCCGUUCUUCGUCUUCCAGAUCUUUUGUGUAGGUCUGUGGAUGCUGGACGAAUAUUGGUACUACAGUCUUUUCACGCUGUUCAUGCUGGUUGUCUUCGAGAGCACCGUGGUUUGGCAGCGACAAAGGACACUCACCGAGUUUCGCGGUAUGAGUAUCAAGCCAUAUGCGGUCUGGGUCUACAGAGAGAAUAAGUGGGUUGAAGUGCAAAGUGAUGCGCUUCUUCCGGGAGAUCUGGUAUCUGUGGGUCGGACUAAAGAGGACAGCGGAGUUGCUUGCGACAUGCUGCUUGUCGAGGGCAGCGCCAUUGUAAACGAGGCCAUGCUUUCUGGCGAGAGUACACCUGUCCUCAAGGACUCGGUACAGCUUCGACCUGCAGAUGCACACCUGGACCCUGAAGGACUGGAUAAGAACGCUUUUCUCUGGGGCGGUACCAAGGUGUUGCAAGUUCAGCACGGAAAUGCUUCAACAGAUGCGCCCGAUACGAUACCACAAGUUGCCUCUGGUGUUCCUCCUGCGCCGGACAAGGGUGCUCUAGCCAUCGUGAUCAAGACUGGAUUCGAAACCAACCAAGGCGCACUUGUCCGCACCAUGAUCUUCUCUACUGAACGCAUUGGCGCUGGUAAUGUGGAAGCACUUCUGUUCAUUCUCUUCCUCACAGUCUUCGCUGUUGCUGCAUCUUGGUAUGUCUGGACUGAGGGUGUCAAGCAAGACCGAAAGCGAUCGAAGUUGCUGCUAGACUGUGUCCUCAUCGUGACCUCCGUCGUGCCACCAGAGCUCCCUAUGGAACUCAGUCUGGCAGUCAACACUUCCCUGGCCGCACUCAGCAAACUUGCAAUCUUCUGUACAGAGCCUUUCCGGAUACCUUUUGCUGGACGUGUGGAUGUGGCAUGCUUUGACAAAACUGGCACCCUUACUGGCGAGGACUUGGUCGUCGAGGGUGUUGCAGGACUCUUCCUCGGUCGACAGGACGCAAAGGUGAAGACAGAGGCAGAUGGAGCCCAAAGCCAACUGACUAGAAUCACCGACACUGGGUUGGAGACAACACUGACCUUGGCUACUGCCCAUGCCCUCGUCAAGCUCGAGGAGGGCGACGUGGUAGGCGAGCCCAUGGAGAAGGCCACAUUACAAUCACUAGGAUGGACUCUCGGCAAAAACGACACACUCACCGCAAAGGCCGGCACCAACGCACGAGGGGCGUUGGCUGGUGACCUUGUGCAGAUCAAGCGUCGUUUCCAAUUCUCUUCUGCCUUGAAGCGGCAAAGCUCUGUUGCGACUGUUGUCACUUCUGAUCGUCAUACUGGUAAGAAGACCAAGAGCACAUUCGUCGCUGUGAAGGGUGCGCCCGAAACCAUCCGAAAGAUGCUUUUCGAUGUGCCUUCGAAGUAUGAGGAGACGUUCAAGUACUUCAGCAGAAAUGGUGGUCGCGUUUUGGGUCUUGCUUACAAGUACAUCUCAACCGGCGAUGAGAUCACACAGAAGAAGAUCAACGACCUUAAGCGUGACGAUGUGGAGUCCCAACUGCACUUUGCCGGUUUCCUGGUGCUGCAAUGUCCACUGAAAGACGAUGCGAUCGAGGCUGUGCGCAUGCUCAACGAGAGCAGUCACCGUGUGGUGAUGAUCACCGGUGAUAAUCCACUUACAGCAUUGCAUGUCGCUAAACAGGUCGAAAUCGUGGAUCGUGAUGCGCUCAUUCUUGAUGCGCCGGAACACGAUGACAGCGGCAAGAACUUGGUCUGGAGAACCGUUGACGACAAGGUGAAUAUUCCUGUGGAUCCAAGCAAGCCAUUGGACCCCGAAAUCCUCAAAACGAAAGAUCUGUGUGUCACUGGGUACGGGCUUGCGAAGUUUAGAGACACUCCACAAUGGCAUCCUCUCCUCCGACACGCAUGGGUCUAUGCUCGUGUCUCACCAAAGCAAAAAGAAGAGAUUCUGCUUGGUCUCAAAGAGCAGGGCUAUACCACACUUAUGGCUGGUGAUGGCACGAACGAUGUCGGUGCUCUCAAGCAGGCUCACAUCGGUGUUGCCCUUCUCAAUGGUAAUAGGAGUGACAUGGACAAGAUGGCCAAGAGCUUCCGAGAAGCCAAGAUGAAAGAGAUUUACGAGAAGCAGAAGGCCAUGAUGAACCGCUUCAAUCAACCCGAUCCUCCAGUUCCUGCGCACAUUGCCCACCUCUACCCACCUGGACCCAAGAACCCACACUACGAUCAGGCCAUGGAACGUGAAGGAUUAGUCAAGCAGAAAUUGCUUGAAGAAAAGGUCGCAGCUGCAGAAGAAAAAGCCGAAGCCACUGCGGAUAAGUACACUGCGCCGGUGGUGGAGAAGACUGAGCAGGAACUCAAGAGGGAGAAGGCCCAGAACGCGGCCAGUGCGAUGGCCGAGAAACUUUCCAUGUCCAUGAUGGAGAGCGAGCUCGACGACGAGCCUCCGACCAUCAAGCUUGGUGAUGCAUCCGUCGCUGCACCCUUCACUAGCAAACUCGCGAACGUUGUGGCCAUUCCCAACAUUAUCCGUCAAGGACGAUGCACGCUCGUGGCCACCAUCCAAAUGUACAAGAUCUUGGCGCUCAACUGUCUCAUCAGUGCAUACUCGCUCAGUGUGUUGUACCUCGACGGGAUCAAGUUUGGAGAUGGCCAAGUCACCAUCAGUGGCAUGCUCAUGAGCGUCUGCUUUCUGAGUAUUUCUCGCGCUAAGCCUGUGGAGAAGUUGUCGAAAGAACGACCUCAGAACAACAUCUGGAACUGGUACAUCAUCCCAUCCGUUCUCGCGCAGUUUGCAGUCCAUAUUGUCACACUCGUCUACAUUACUGGCGUGGUCCAUCACUUUGAACCCCCGAAAGACCGCUCUGAAAUCGACCUCGAAGGGACAUUCCAGCCUUCCCUGCUCAACUCUGCCAUCUAUCUCUUGCAGCUCAUCCAGCAAAUUUCGACAUUUGCCAUCAACUACCAAGGUCGUCCCUUCCGAGAAUCUAUCAAGGAGAACAAGGGCAUGUACUGGGGUAUCGUUCUCGUCACAUCGGUAGCUUUCAGCUGUGCGACCGAGUUUGUUCCAGAAAUCAACGAAAAACUGCAGUUGACACCAUUCACGACGGAAUUCAAGGUCAAACUGGUGGUCACGAUGAUUGCCGACUAUGUGGGCUGCUGGACAUGUGAGAAGAUUCUCAAGACGCUGUUUUCGGACUACAAGCCCAAGGAUAUCGCGGUGCGACGAGCGGAUCAGUUGGAGCGAGAACAGAAGCGGUUGGCGGCAGAGAAGGCGAAGGCGGAUCGAAAGGUGGAGGAAGCACGACUCGGCAAGGCCGGGCUGGCUGCAUCCUGA